GAAAUCCCGCCGAGUUCUGUACGCGCAACUCGCACGGCGAGGUCGCUGGUUUUGGUCCCUCGGGGUUACCAAGAUGAACGUUGGUCCAAAUUUACGUGGAGUAAUCAGUUACGCUCAUUAAGCUACCUGUUAACGACACCGCUGCGAUGGCUUCGGAGACGGAUGGCGAGACCUCGACUCUCGAGCGCCUGCAUCGAGAAGCGAUCGCUUGUCUGGAAACGUUCCCGGCCAAGAUCAUCGAACUGAACGACCACGUGAACAAGUACAUGCCAGACUCUGUCAGGACCAGCAGAUACAUCGAGAAUGCUUCCAGCCGGAAAGCCAAGUGUCACUCGACUCUGUCCAGCAUCGCGAGGAAUUGGGAAUCGAACAGCGUUUUGGAUUACGUAUCGAGCUACAGUCCCUUGCCGAUGUACGACCGCGGACGACACGGAGUUUGGAAGAGAAGAUGCUACAGAGGACGAGGAUUCUCCGGGUCCGGCGUGCGACGUCGACCGGGCCCGUUGGGCCAGCUGCUGGCCUUUCUGUUCGGCAGCCUGGCGAGCUGCACCAAGAAAAUUGUGAUCGGCCCGUCGCAGUACAUCGUCGACAACGUGAUCGCGGUCUUAUUCCGAAGACGCGAGCUGAGGCACGCCCGGUGCGGUCCUUCGCCGAAUUGGGACAGCUCUCUCUCGACUUACGUGACCACGGCCAAGAAGGACACCACGAUCAUUGGAAAUCUUAUCGAUAUCAUGCGACCGGCCACGGUGAAACUGAUCGCCGACACCACCGCCUUGAAACGCUGGCUGCAAGCGGUCGCGUUCGACAACGGGCCGUCGAAGCCGGCCGACGAGCCGAAGCCGAAUUCGGCGCCGACGUUGACGCCGAUCGUCGAGAUGCUGACGAACGCGACCCGCAGAAUCGAGACCAUCGAUUGCUGGGCCUACGAGCUGUUCUUCCAUCUCAAGUAUCUCCAAGUGAAUCGCGCGCCACGCACCGCCGACAAAGUGGCGAACCAGGCGGAGGCGGCGACCAAGCCUUCCGAUGUGAUCCACGCGAACCUCUGGCACCGUCUGGUCCAGCUCCGCGACAAUUACAUCAUCCUCUACGACACGCUGCAGACCUUCGACAAGGAGCAGGACCUCGAUACGGAGAACCAAUUGGAAACGUCCCAGGCAUCGAUCAGUAUUUAGCCGGGAUCGAAGAGGCCCGAUUCGGUUAACGUGCCUGGCUUUUCCCGGGAACACGAGUGCAAGCUGUAGAACAGGUCUAACUCGCUGGAACCCCUCGGCCGUUUGUUUCGACACGAGCGAGCUGACGUGACACGCCAUUGUGGCUAACAUUUAAACUUCGUGCCGAGGAAGGGAACGCGGACAGGCUGCUGCGAGAUAUUUUUGCAGAAGGCGAGAUUGCGAUACACCGACCCCUGCAGUCACCCAUUCGCUCCGUCGGCUAUUUUUCCUGGCAACCUACAUCGACGGAUCAAACGUCGACUCCGUUUUACAACAGUAUUAUUAUCGGCCUGAUAGUAUCUAGGCUCUGCCGAGACUCUCGUCGUGAACACGACGCGCCAAUUUUGAUAGCAACGUUUGUACCGCGUCGUCGAUAUCUUUGUCCGUUCAGUGGGAAAUAAACGAAGAAAAAUGCCGCAGAUCGUCGCGUCGCUUUCGCGUUCGUCGUCGCGAGCGGUCUCGAUCGCUCGAUCUCGAGCACUCGAAGAGAUCGUCCGUGGCGCAUCGGGAGCAACACUUGUCGCGAAAGGUCGAUACCCCGCGAGCUUGCGACAUCGCAGCGGUGCCGCAUGAGUUUGCCGAGCAUAGUCGAGCCUAUCGCGGCCCUUCGACCGUAAUUGCCCGUUCGCGAGAUCGCGCUUGCGGCGAGCCGAGGAGCUUUUAUCUCGGGCCGAAUGAGUCUUUUGAAAUUGCCUGUAAUUAGGAGCACGGUCGAGAUACCGAUCGACGACGGCGCGGUGCACCGGUGCACCGGUGCCGCGGUGAACUCGAUUGCGACAAGAAUGGAUGACGAAUGGGAUCGCUGAAUCGACGCGAAUGGCUUCGCAACGAGCCGAUCGGCUCGCGAGAUCGGCACACGCGUAAAACGAUUCCGUGACGGUGAUAAAUGCGGCUCACCGUUCACCGGAAAGCCUGCAGAUUCCGUUUGCAUCGCGAUCGAGAAGGACGAGCGCCGACGACGGCCAACCAUCGAAUACUUUGGCGCUCGUGAAACUUUCGGGUUCGCAUUGGGUCCCGAAUAUUAUACUUUCGGGUAUCCGAGAUUUUAAAAUCGAAAAAUAUUUCGUUAGCUUUUUACCUGAUUUCGAGCCGACGUAUAUAAAAACAUUGAACUCUAAUCAUCGCUGCUUCGAAUGGUUCGAGAGCAGUUGCCAUUGCAUGUGUCAGCUUGCAUUCAUGGCGACUCAAUUCUUUUGGCAUGUAAUAACAAGAUGUAUAAUUUAAUUUAUUUAUAUACAUAUAUAUCUCGCUAUUUUUACAAUACGAAAGAAAAAUGUAUCGUAUUAAGACUGACAGAUGAUCAGCAAAUCAGCGAAUUGAGUAAACAGUUUAUGGAAA